GAGGCACGGCGGUGGCACCGGUGGCACCGGCGGUGGCACCGGCGGUGGCACCGGUGGCGGUGACGCCUGUGCGGCGAUCGCGAGGGAGCUGGCGCGCGGGGGCUGCCGUCGCGGGGCGGACGAAGUGCGCAACCGCAUGAAGCGUCUCAAGCAGGAGUACCGCAAGGACGUGAACUCGCUGAAGCAGUCGGGCGGCGGUGGUGGCGCUCGCAGGACGAGCUGCAAGUAUUUCCAGGAGCUCGACGCGUUCCUCCGCACCGACGCCGCACCGGUGCCGCCGCCGGUGGCCGCCGGUGCCGCCGGUGUUGCCGCCGAGGCCGCGGUGCCGCUGACCGCGUGGAGCUCCACGUUGGACGGACGUCGCCUGCCGGCCCUGCAGGUCUCCACAUGCGGCGACUUGGGCCGCAGCUUCGGAGCCGCACCGGCGGCACCGGCGGCCCGGCGGCCCGGCGGCCGCGGCCGGCGCUCGGCCGCGUGGAGCGGGGAGGAGACGCUGGCGCUCAUCACGCUCUGGAGGAACGACACGGUGCAGCGCCACCUGGCCCGCCGCUCCGUGCCCCGGGCCCACAUCUACGGGCUGGUGGCGCGUGCCCUGGCGGCGCGGGGCUGCCGCAGGGCGCCCCACGAGGUCCACCACCGCAUCAAGAGGCUCACGCAGGACUACCGCAAGGCGGUGAGUGAGAUGAAGGAGUGCGGCGGCGGUGCCGGUGCGGUGGCAAGCGCCUUUGCAAGUUCUUCUUCGAGCUCGACGGCUUCCUGGGGGCGGGCACGGGGGGGGCCGUGGCGGGCGGCGGCGCGUCAGCUCCGUGCCGUCCUCCAGGGCCUGCGGUGA